AUGUGUGGAAUUUUCUUCUCCUUGAGCACGUCCAAACCUACACCACCAGCUCAAGAAACUUGCAGUUUGCUUCAAAAGAGAGGUCCCGACAGUGUCCAGACCCAUACGGUUCAAAAGGAAGUGGAUGCUUUGGAUGAAAAGUCUCCGCCUUGCUCUUACCAUCUCACCUUUAUAUCGUCGGUCCUGUCGCUUCGAGGCAACCAUGUAUACUCCCAGCCAAUAGUAGACCACGCAACCCAGUCUGUGCUCUGCUGGAACGGGGAGGCGUGGAAGAUCGCGGGCGAGAAAGUGCAAGGGAACGACACAGAGCGCGUCUUCGACUUAUUUUUGCAGGCCAUUGAUUGUUGUGACCGUAAGCAAGCCACUGAAAGGCUGGCCGAUGCGAUUGCUAGUAUCUCCGGACCGUUUGCCUUUGUGUUCUAUGAUGCGGUCCACUCAAGACUCUUCUUUAGCAGAGAUUGCCUCGGCCGAAGAUCUCUUCUGCAGGGGGUGGAUAAGGAUGGAGCCCUGAAGAUCUGCAGCAUCUGCGAUGGCUCGUCGUCAACCCACUUCGAGGAGGUGAGGAUGAACGGGGUUGCUAUGAUUGAUCUAGGGCGCUAUGGGGACUCAGCACGGUCUCCUGGAAAGCUAUACGAAAUUCAGACUCUGCCUUGGAGCUCUGAUCCCUCGCCACCAGUAGGGCAUCUUGUAUGUGUUGCUUUCUAUCGCUCAACACAGGAAAAGAAAUGA